AUGAACACCCAGAAGGCCGCCACUUCGUCAUUCAUCAACACGAUCACCCCGUCGCAGGUCCCCAUUAUGAUCUCCGACUACAGAUCUCAGAGACGAGCUCUGUCAGCUGGGCGGUUAUGUAUGGAAUGCCGGGUGAUCCGAAUAAAUCAUCUUAUUGAGACGGCUUCUCAUAAAACGGGAAGUAUGAUCAUCUGGGAUACUGGCGAAUAUGAAGUUCUGCCUUAUCCGAUGGAGGGUCCGUCUGCUCCUGAGACGGAUGAUUCAAGGUCUGAGAUCUCCGAUGAGGGAUCUGUUCCUGCAUCUAUUUCGUUGGAACAGCAGAUGUCUGAUAGCGCAAAGUUGCACGAAGCAUUUCAAAAUGGCAAAAUCCGACUCCGAUUACAUGGAACCCGUCUACCAAAAGACUACACGAUUUCCCUUCGCAUGGACAAAACCACCAAUUUCCAGAAACCAAUCCGCCAAGGCCUAAAACGGCGCCGACGCCACCAUUCCACACAUACAGUACCACAAGCGCCAUCAACCUCAGACUCGGAAUCGGCUUCACCGCCACCCCCUGAACCCGACCGAACGGCAUCUCCACCUACAUCAAGAACUCACCAAGACCGAUUAACACUCUCAAGAUCCAAAUCCGAUCCAAAAAACGGUACCGAUUCUGACCACGACCCCGACCUGGACAUCCAACUCAAAAACGCCUAUCCCGGCUCCACAAAUACCAUAGGCUCGAUCCACCAACGACGCUGGUAUCUCAGUCUGGAUCGCAUAAACUCGGGAUUCGAGCCGAGUCCAGAGCAGCAUUCACAAUCUAGUAAGCGGAAGGCGAAGUCGAAGUUCUGGGGCCGGAAGUCCGACGGGGGCUUUGAGCCAUUCCAUGUGCACGGGCCGGAGGUGGAGCGGAGUGUUCUUACGGGGCGAUUAGGACUGCAUGUUCUUGAAGAUGAGGGUGUUCAAGGUUUUGUGCCCAGACGGGGGUGGAGACCUGUCCUGCAUUAG